CAUUUCUCAUGCAAGGAGCAUCAGAUGCACAUCAGCGAGCCGGAAUUCUACAAAGAAGUGGAUUCACUGUGUGGCUCAUUUACCAAAGAGAUUGUUGUCCCCAACCAGCCGUUGCGACGACGACGAACACCCGAACCACUGCCACUACCCGAAAAUGAUCUUUUAGAAUAG